GGGUAGACCUUCCGCGGAACUGGUUCCCCACUCCUGUGACGUGCCCUUUCUUCAACUUCACAAAUUUCUCCCGUCGCGCAACACGUGCCGUGCGACUUCUCUGUGAUCUACUCAGGACCCACAGUUACUUGCCAAAGCAUCUUUACUGACGGUCGUGAGUAAGGAUUUCCAGUGAGCCGGGAGUAAUAAAAUUUAGUAUAAAGAGAAAACAUAAGGAUGGGUUGUCACCUGGCCUGGGUGGAUCAGAAACUGAGCUACGCGGCGGGACUCCUGGGAGUGGCCAUCAGCAAGAGACCUGGGUAUUUCUUCCUCAUCCCCGUCCUCGUCUGCUGUGUCUUCAUGACAGGAAUCCAGCGGCUGGAGAGUCAGUACGAAGAUGACCCUGAGUACCUGUUUUCGCCCACCGAUGGUCGCUCGAAAGUGGACCGGGCUGUCAUCGAGUCCUACUUCCCAAUGAACUUCAGUCAGUACCGUUUCGAUCGACACACACAGAAGGGCCGCAUGGCCCGGGUGCUCAUAUUCCCCAAGGACAAUGGUACCAUGCUCAGAACGAAGUAUUUUAAAGAAGUCCUCUUCGUCGAUCAGAUGGUGCGAAAUGUAUCGUUCAUCUAUGAAGAUAAGGAGCUUCGGUUCGCGGACGUGUGUGCAACGUGGGACGGUGAGUGUGUGGGACCCGGGAAGGAGUUGAGUUUGAUGGACAUCAUGCCGGAUUUCGAGACGGGGAAAGAGAAUCUUACCUCCCCCAUCUUCAUUCACCCAGUCACCUUUGACACCUUGGUGGUACCCUAUAUAUUCGGCGGGAUCCAGACCAAUGGGGAAGGAGUCGUGACAAAGACAGCUGGGGUCUCCCUCCUCUAUUGGCUUCGCGCUGGGAAUCAAUAUGAAGAUAAGAGAGGGUUCCUGUGGGAGAAGGCAGUGGUGGAUGCCCUGGCGAAGCUGAACGAAGGAGGGCUGGAAUUUGACGACAUCUACUACUUCACGUCGCGGACAACAGAAGAGGAGCUGGAGGCGAACACCAACUCCGUCAUGCCCUACUUUAUCUUCGCCGUCUUCGUCAUGGUCCUCUUUUCUUGCAUCACGUGCAUGACAGCGGACUGGGUUCGGUCAAAGGCCAUUCUCGGCCUCCUGGGCGUCGUCUCUUCCACCCUUGCCACUUUGGGCGCCUUUGGCCUUGUUCUCUACCUCGGCGUUCCCUUCAUCGGCAUUAACAUGGCCGCUCCCUUCCUUCUCCUGGGGAUCGGGAUGGACGACACGUUUGUGAUGUUAGCAGCGUGGCGACGGACGAGGAUGGACUUACCCGUGAGCGAUCGGAUGAGGGAGAGCUUCAGUGAGGCCGCCGUGAGCAUCACCAUCACCUCCCUCACCAACAUCAUCUCAUUCUUUGUCGGCGUUAUUACCAACAUCCCAUGCGUCCGUAUCUUCUGCAUUUACACCGGUACUGCGGUGUUGGCGCUGUACAUCACUCAUCUGACAUUCUUUGGUUCCUGCAUAGCCAUGUUCGGCUAUCAAGAGGCCAAUAAUUUGCACUCCAUCACCUUCCAAAAGGUCCUUCCAAAAUCCCAAGCAGGAAGGCGAAGUUGGUUGUACCGGGUGUUCUGCGCGGGUGGGGUGUCAAAGGAAGAUCCAUAUAAUCCUGAGGACAACAAGGAUCAUGCUGUCAUGAGUUUCUGCAAACACAAACUCGCCCGACUUCUCUCCAUCCCUGCAAUCAAGGCUCUUGUGGUGAUGGUGUUCCUGGCGUACUUGGCAAUGGCAGCAUGGGGAGUGACGAAGACUCGAGAGGGUCUGGAAAGGAAACGACUCUCCCUCGACGAUUCUUAUUCCGUCGCCUUCUACGAAAAGGAAGAGACCUACUUCCGGGAAUUCUCCUAUCGAGUUCAGGUGGUGUUCUCGGGUGACAUCAUGUACUCGGACAAUGCGACCCAAGAAGCAAUCGAGGAAGUAAUGACCCGCAUGGAGGCUCUGGAGUUCGUCGGCGACCCCUUAUUCACAUUCUCCUGGCUCCGCUCCUUCCUCCAGUUCGUGCGGAACAACCAGGAGUACAUCGAGAUGGACAUCUCCACCGAGGAAGCCUUCAUCGCCACCCUCAAAGAGGUUGCGUUUUUCCUGACUGGCGAAGCGAAUCCAUACGCUCUGGACGUGAAACUCAACGAGGCCGAGGAUCGAAUUAUAGCAGCACGCUUCAUCAUUCAGGCUGGAAAUAUGGGGGAGUCGACAAAUGAUGAUCGCAUUCUCAUGGAACAACUGAGGGAUAUCAUCGACUCCAGUCCCUUCAACAUCUCUGCCUAUCAGCAUUUCUUUGUCUUUUUUGACCAAUUCAUUGAGGUGCGGCCGACAGCCAUCAAAGCAAUCACGACGGCCGCGAUCAUCAUGAUGGUCGUGUCGCUAAUCUUCAUCCCUCAUCCCAUGUGUUCCCUAUGGGUUGCCUUCUCCAUCAUCUCCAUCGAGACCGGGGUCGUCGGCUACAUGGCGCUCUGGAAUGUGAAUUUGGACUCCAUCUCGAUGAUCAACCUCAUCAUGUGCAUCGGGUUCUCGGUGGACUUCUCGGCUCACAUCUCGUACGCUUUCAUGUCGGCCAAGGAACAGGACACGAAUAAACGAGUCGCCGAGGCUCUUCAUCAUCUUGGAAUGCCAAUCCUUCAGGGUUCUAUCUCCACGAUUCUGGGAAUUUUGGCUCUCACUUUCGCCCAUUCAUACAUCUUUGUCACCUUCUUCAAACUCGUCUUCAUGGUGAUGUUCUUUGGAGCCGUGCAUGGACUCUUCCUCCUACCGGUCCUUUUGUCCUUGGUCGGGCGAGGAACAUGCAGACGAGACAGGCCAAAGAUGGAAGUCGACAAUCCAUAUAUGAAGGCGCUGCCACCGGGUAUCAUGGCUAUCACUUCUUACAUCCCACCGGGCACAACAUUACAUCGCUCGGAAGUGGUCCUCAAACCAGCGUCAUUGGACCAUAAGGCCAACUUCUUGCCCAAAAGGUUGUAUAGCGACAAUCUGGAGAAGGACAUGGGUUUGGGCACAUCGGGUGAAGACUCGAGUGAGGGAAGCCUGAGCAAGAGCAACGGGCGAGUGUACACACCCACCCGUCGCUACACUUUCUCCAGCCCUCCCCGUCGCCAGCCUCCAGUCUCCGAAAUGUACGAUUCCGGGAACGUGAGCGAUGAGGACUACGACCGCUAUGUAUCCCGAUCGAGGAGGAAGUUGAACGACAAACAGGGUCGCAUCAAGGCUUACCACCACAAUCGUGGCUUCGUCUCCGACCAGGAGCACUCUCGCUUAUGACCAAAACUCUGAUCGCACAGUUCUCCCAAGAAUUUUUGCUCAGUCUCUUCGUUUGCCUGCGAAUGGGUGGACUCAUCACGUGUGGUUGCAAACUCAUCGGUCCGCUUGCCAAAGCCAGUUGUCAAUGCCUGCAUGGUGCCAAGUCAGAGCAUAUCAUUCCUCACGUCACCAAACAAUUUCCAUCAUUCCGAUUCGUGUGAUCUUCACAGCAGGUCCUAACACAUCCUCCCAGUGAACAUCCCUGAAACUAUUUUUAUGUUGGUAUAGAAGCUGUUUUUGUUUUCAUCGGACUUUAAUCACAUUCCAGGAUUCUGUGCCUUGUCUGUUGAGGUAAAAUUUCUUUUUGAGUGUUGCCGAUUAACAAUGGGGACAUCAUUCGCGAAUCGCCGUUGCGAAUGAUUUUUUGUAUUUAUUUCUGACCUGAGACGGGGAGUGGAGGAUUCAUGGAUUUAUGUUACCUUGUCUCAUGACGUUUGUGGUUUUUUUUUGUAUUUUUCUCUCUUGAUGGUGUGAGCCAAGCCAGGCGGAGCUGUAUACCAUAUCUAGUCCAGCUGACUUCGUGCAGUGUAUCUUUCGUCCAUGUUCAGCAGGAUCUUUACCGUGCCAUUUGCUUGCGUUCGCUUGGAUGAUGGCGAGCCGAUCCACAAUGAGGGAUGGAUUCCGAUUUCCAAUACGUUUAUUUUGAAAAACGAAAAAGAUAAUGGAAAAGAAAUAAAAACAAAUUUUCUAUUCCUA